AUACGAAUCAAUUUUUAAUUAUUCUGUUUCUUUUUUUUUUUAAUUUAUAUACAUAAAUAUUCAGUUAUCAGUCCUAGAAAACUGAAGCGAAUGACUCAGAUGUUUCUUUAUCUCAUAGGAAAUAGAAUUUAGUAGUAGCAGGAGUUUGUUUUCUCACCUGAUUGAUUCAAUUUCAUUUCAAACUUAGGCAUGUGAUUUGUCUCUUCUUUUUCUUCCUCUGUAAAUACUAAUAAAUUUCAACUUAAUCAUGGAGGAAAUCAAUCGGGAUAGCCUGUUGCUUGAGGUUGACUUUCCUGAUUUAGGAAAUAUCUUAGAAAAAGAACCAGAAUCGGUAACACAAUCGCCUCCUCAACCAUUGUCCACCCAAAAUCCAGAUGAAGAACCGGUUGUGUCUUCGUGGAUCGGGGAGAUCGAGAAGGUUUUGAUGGAGGAUGAUCAUUUUGAUGAUGGGGUUGAGACCCAACCUGUCUCUUAUGAAUUUUUGGCAGAUUUGCUGGUUGACUCACCUCCUAGUGGCAGCGGUGAGGCCAUCGAUGAUGCUGCUUUCAACAAACAAAACCAGAUCCACAUCAAAAUCGAUAACGAUGAUCCCACUGCUAAGAAACAGAUGAGGCAGUUGAGAAACAGAGAUGCAUCUGCGAGGUCAAGGGAGAGGAAGAAGAUGUAUGUCAAGGAUCUUGAGAUCAAGAGUAGGUAUUUAGAAGGGGAAUAUAGGAGACUCAACCGCAUGCUUCAGUGCUUCAUUGCAGAGAAUCAAGCUCUUCGUCUUACUUUGCAUAAGGGUUGUGCAUUUGAUGCAUCCUCAGCCAAGCAGGAGUCUGCUGUGCUCUUGUUGGAAUCCCUGCUGUUGGGUUCCCUGCUUUGGUUCCUGGGCAUCAUGUGCCUGUUCACCCUGCCAACGCUGCCCAAGUCUCUUCUGGAGGCAGUUCCGCUGGCAAACGAGGGAAAGAGAGGUCCAGAAAGAGUGGCUCCAAGAGGGGCAGGGAGUAACCUGGUUGGACAGUCUUUUGUGAAGAGUAGGAGAUGCAAGGCAUCUAGGACAAAGAUGAAAAAAUUUCAUGUUUCUGGAAUUUUACUUCCAUUUUAAGUUAGCGGAAUGGUGAAAAUGGUUUAAUACAAAAUUACCGGUUGUUAUCUUUUGACCCUGUAGUUUUAAUAACAAUAAGCACUCUUGGUCUUUGUUUAUGCCUUAAAAACUUUUCUAAUAUACAUGUAGUUUGUUUGGAUUAUUAGAACUAUAGAAUUAUUAAUUAUAAAAUGCUGCAGUUUCUUACUUUUCUAUUAUAGAGGUCCAAUCCAAUGCUUGUGGUGCACUUUGUCCCUAAUGGAAUGUUAGGGCUGAAAUUGAACUGAACCUGUUUAUGAUUAAAAUUU